AUGCUCUUCCUGUUGGUAGCCCUUGCGUUCUGUGCUUCGGCCGAGGUGAAAUGCACCUUCGACAAAAACACCGAGUCAUCGGAUCAAACAAACUUCGAGGUCAACGAAAACUACCAUGAGCGGUACUGUGGAACUGAGUGCCCAUGCCGAGGCGUCGAGGGGUGUGUCCUUGACUAUACCGAAUUCCCCGACAGAGAUCUUUCCAAUGUCACUGGUACUGUUGCUACUAUUAUUGGUAAGACGUAUGACUUGACUUUUGCGUUGAGAGUGAAAGACACUUUGAGUGUUGAAACCGUGAUGUUGGGAUCAAACAGAACCCAAUACAAACUUGAAGAAGGAGCAACCUUGUCUGUUGGCAAACAACAAAAAGUCGAAGGCACAAACGGCUCGUUCUGCACUAUCAUUAGAUGCACCAAGUCUUGCACUAUUAAAAACUCCAACUUCGAAAAGGAUUUGGACUACUCUAUUACUUUCAUCAACAACCCAGAUAACACCGAGACUAACACUACUAUCAACAUCGACACAGUGACCUUCACUAUCGAUUUCGCUUCAGACGAUAGACAACAAGUCUUCACUCGAGAAAACGUCGUCAUGGGAACCCUAAAAGCCGUUUUCAAGAUUAAAGGAACUAACGAAGAUGUUUUGAACCACGCCAAUACUCAAGUCCCAUUGUUCUACAGUGAGAACGGAUUUAACAAAGAAAACACUGAAGUCACUGCUCAAUUGAACGACGGCCUUACUGGUAUCACUUACACCGUCGAUUACCAAUGCGACGGAAAAUGGAUUGUUGCCGUCCCAUCAGGUGACUCAAAACCAAUUGAAUGCUUCGAUCCAACCAUCUCCACUGGUGACCAAAGCCUCGAGGACGGCUGUGAUAUUGCCUUCAUCGUCAUCAUCUGUAUGGCUGAUGUCACACUCCUCCUCGUUUUGGGCGUCUUCGGUACUCUCGCCAUUUUGCAAUUCCUCAAGAACAGAAAGCACGCCGGGACAGAGGGAGCCGACGCUUAUAUGAAGAUCAAUGACGCGACUGUCGCUUAA